UCCGCGCCCUCCCCGGACCCCCAAACGAGAGCGUCUGCGAGGAAGGCUACGGCGUCAGGCUUCUCCUUGGCCAGCUCGGGUCCUCAGCCACGCGAGGACCCCGCCCCGCCCCCGCGCCGAGGCUAACUCUCGCCCCGGCGGACUGUCUGACGUCUUCACGGUCUCUCCGCGAUGCCGCUCUACGAGGGCCUGGGGAGCGGCGGCGAGAAGACGGCGGUCGUGAUCGACCUGGGAGAAGCCUUCACCAAGUGUGGAUUUGCGGGAGAAACUGGCCCACGAUGUAUAAUUCCUAGUGUGAUAAAGAGAGCUGGCAUGUCUAAGCCAAUCAAAGUUGUUCAGUAUAAUAUCAAUACAGAAGAAUUAUAUUCCUACUUAAAGGAAUUCAUCCACAUAUUGUAUUUCAGGCAUCUGUUGGUGAAUCCCAGAGACCGCCGGGUUGUGGUUAUUGAGUCAGUAUUAUGUCCUUCCCACUUCAGAGAGACACUUACUCGUGUUCUUUUCAAAUAUUUUGAGGUCCCAUCUGUCUUACUUGCUCCAAGUCAUCUAAUGGCUCUCCUGACCCUGGGGAUUAAUUCUGCUAUGGUCCUGGAUUGUGGCUAUAGAGAAAGCCUGGUGCUGCCCAUAUAUGAAGGCAUCCCAGUACUGAACUGCUGGGGAGCACUCCCCUUAGGAGGAAAAGCUCUUCACAAGGAGUUGGAAACUCAGCUGUUGGAACAAUGUACUGUUGACACUGGUGCUGCUAAAGGACAGAGCCUCCCCUCAGUGAUGGGUUCAGUUCCAGAAGGUAUCUUAGAGGAUAUUAAAGUGCGCACGUGCUUUGUAUGUGAUCUGAAGCGUGGACUACAGAUCCAAGCAGCAAAAUUUAAUAUUGAUGGCAACAAUGAGCGUCCCUCCCCACCCCCAAAUGUUGACUAUCCAUUGGAUGGAGAGAAGAUUUUACAUGUGCUUGGAUCAAUCAGAGAUUCAGUUGUGGAAAUUCUUUUUGAACAAGAUAAUGAGGAGAAAUCUGUUGCCACUUUAAUAUUGGAUUCCCUUUUGCAGUGCCCAAUAGACACCAGGAAGCAACUGGCAGAGAAUUUGGUAGUCAUAGGUGGCACAUCUAUGUUGCCAGGAUUUCUCCACAGAUUGCUUGCAGAAAUACGGUAUUUGGUAGAAAAACCAAAAUACAAAAAGACACUUGGCACCAAGACCUUCCGGAUUCAUACUCCACCUGCAAAGGCUAAUUGUGUGGCCUGGCUGGGAGUAUAAAAUCUUAAGACUUUUGGGGUUGGAGAGAUGGCUCAGUGGUUGAGAGCACUGGAUGCCCUUCUAGAGGACCCAUGUUCAAUUCCCAGCACCCACAUGGUAACCAUCUGUAACUCCAGUUCUAGUGGAUCUGGUACCUUCACACCAUUGCACAUAAAAUAAAAAGUUAAAUAAAUUAUAUUAAAUAGUAUGAAAAAAAUCUUAAGACUUUUCAAUGAUACCUCUUGGGUUUUGCAGUUUUAUUCUACUUAAGUAAAUGACAUGUAGCCGAGUUGUGACAAAGAAAACCUAGGUCUUUCCUAAAGUUGAAAAUCCUUCCACCUCAUUCUAUUCCACUUCCUUAUAGAUUUUGUAAUUCCGUAUUCACUGUAAUCUGCAAAAGGUUAUUUAAGUUACUUUCAACAUAGGAGUUAUGGUUGAUCCUGUUAUUCAAAAUCCAGUGAACUGGAGAAUGUGAGCUGCACUUCUGGAUUUGCCGGUCCCUCUUUUCAUAGAAUGGAUGUAAGCAGCUUACAGUUUUCUGAUAUAUCAUCUUAGCUAUAAAAGUAUUCUUGCUACACAGGCGCUGUUUUUGGAGCAUUGCAA